AUGUCGCGAGCUCACCACCACUAUCCAGUAGCAUCCACAUCCUAUCACCAACCACCACGCGAGGUUCUUUCGCAUCGCAUUCGGACCGCUGCUGCUGCCGCUGCUGCUGAUCGUAACCACGUCACCGCUGCCGCAGCAGCAUCAUCGCAUCCCGACUUCUCUCAAGACAUCUACAUCCCGGAAUCCCAGGAGGAGCUCAACAGAGUCAGCAUCGAAUCGCGCCUUCUUCAGCCCAGUGGGCCCUCUCACAAUCCAGACAUGCGUAGCACCGACCUCACCUCCGCAUCUUCCACCUUUGACACGUAUGACCGUAUUGGACACGAAGACGACAUGACCACACAACCACCAGCCGCCUCCGCCAGCAGACGCAGACCCACAUCAAACAUGCCCACAGCAUCACACCGCCUUCAAGGCCUCGAUGCCGACGAGAGCUUGAUCCCGGGCGUCGGUCGUGGCGUGCGCAGUGCAGUACCCUCACAGCCAUCGUACCAGGAACAAUUGCAAUCUCUCAAUGCCGCUCAGAACCGCUACAAGUCGUCUCCCGCCAAGAGUCCUUAUCGUCCUGGCAAGUACUCCUCUGACUAUGUUGCCAGGCAGCCAGGCACUGCAGUCACUACAGCGCGCCCCUCAACGUACCAGCCUCGGACCGGCGCGAUCCCUCGCCAGGCUCAGGUGGAAAGCGAGACCGAAUCAGACGGCGACUCGGCGAGCGAGUCCGGCGAAUCGGAUGCUUUCAAUGUACACACUGCCACUUUCAACAGCACAGGCAACCACCGCAACUUUGCAGCCACGCCUGCCGGCCACACCGCCACCAUGACGGCCAACUUUCGCCAGCGUCCUACAUUAGGGCAAGACACGCUCGAUCGCAUCGAGUUUGACAUUUACACCGAUACGGACGGCGAGUAUCGUGCUCGCAGAGAUGCGGCCUCCACACGAACAUCGAUGCAGCAGCAACGACAAGGGCAACAGCAGCAAUCAAGGCCGCGUCCCGACCCGACUGGCCCGUUUGCGUCUCCGCGUGCCACUGAAACAUUUGGAAUGAACGCUGCCAACUAUCAGCAGCACCUCGCAUCCCGAACUCUUACCUCGCCUGCUCUGCGUACCCUCAUUGGCGACCGCUCCAAGAGCCCCGACAGCCCCACCCCGGCGCCAUCCAUCGACGGCGUCCUGCACGCUGGCAAGUCCAACACCCGCGAAACACAGCGUCCAGACAGGCACCAGCAGCCUCGCGCCACGCGUCAAGGAUCUGUUUCCGCCGUUAGCGCGUUCGAAGACUUGGCGCGUCGCUUACAGAAGGACGUCGAGCUCACACGCCGGAAGGCAGGUGGCAACGCUGUCGAAGAUGGGGACGAUGGCAGCGCUUCCAACUCGGGAGGCAGCGGCUUUGGGACGGGUAGCCAAGCAUCCAGCGCACGCACCCGUGUCGAGCCUGAGAACGCACCACAAGCAGGAAAGGCUUUCAACACGGCACAGUUCAACUCGUACGGCUAUCCUGCGCACCAGAAGGCGGCCAUGGGUCACGACGCUACUUCGCCGUGGGGUGUGCGUUUGCCCGACGUGACCGGCUUGACCUCCGCCCUGGGCUCGCCUGUCAAGACACGCGAUGCCGUCAAACAUAGACCGUUUGACUGCGCGGUAGGCAACCAGGAAGCUCGUCUGGAGGAGUUGGUCAACUUGCGCUGUUUCGUUGAUGGUAUCCAGGUCGAGCUCGAUCGAGCAGGUGAGAGGAUCCUCAAUCUGGAGCAAGCGCAAGAGCAGCAGAGUCAAGAUUUCCAAGGACUGCGGUCCGAGAUGCAGAGGGCGCUCAAGGAUGUGCGUGCUCAACAGCCAGCCUCAGAAGACCAGUUGAUGCAGCUCAUCCUGCAGAAGCUGCAGGUUUCUGAGACUCGGUCGUCCGAACGCAAGCAUCAGCACACACACACCGAAUCGCGCGCAGAAGAAGCACAGACACCUGCUCAAACCAAAGCAACGCACAGAGAGUCAGAGCAGCCGGUCAGAGACGCUCGCGCUCGCCAGCAACAAGAGGGUCGAAGCCAGGUCGAAGUGGUCAACCGACUCUACAGUGAGCUCGACAAAUUGCGAACAGCGAUGGAGGAACAGUACCGCAGUGCCGCUGGGCUCGGUCCUCAAGAUUCAGAUGCUCGCGAGCAGCGCGCAGCGUACAGGCAUCAAAGCAUGUUCCCAACUGGUCGCGAUCCGUGGGAAGCCAUCGAGGCUUUGCGUCUGCAGGUGUUGAGCCUGGCAGACGAAGUUGAAGGUCUCAACGGGCUUGUGCUCGAGCAUCUUGUUCCUUCUGCGACUGUUCACCGCAAGAGGAGUGCGCGCGCGAGAGGUGCUCGUCAGCACUUCCGUGAAGAGCGAUACUACGAAGAUGUGCAUCCUGCUUCGGAUCCCGUGUACACUUCUCGCGGGUCUUUUGCUCCUGCAUAUGCGAGAGAUCACAUCGAAAUCCGCUCGGAUCCAGUCGACGAUGAUAUGGGCGACCACUUCUACCACCACGUCUCGCCUCGGCAGCGUUCCAGCCCGGCGCGUCCAGCUUCCCACGAUGAAGAGUACGACCGGACCAUCGACGCUGUCGCUGAAAACCUGCGUCUGCAACGCGAACGUCAGCGCAGCCGUUACGCCAGCCCACCUCGCAGCGCACCCAUCGAAACGCCGAACGAGCUGGACGAGAGCGAGAUCUCGCAGCUCGCUGAGGCCCGUGCUGCACGUGCGACGGCUCGAGCCGGACCCACGCGGCACACGCACGAUACACGCGUAUGUACCGUGUGCAGCGCGCACACACGGUCCGACAAGCGCAAGGCCUCACGCCGUGCGCGUCUGGUGGCCGCCGAACAGCGACGUGCGGCCGUCGAGAUGGAAGAAUCGAUUUUGUUGGACGCCCUCGACCCGCCCGUCGGCCAAACGGCGGCACGCGGAGGGAGGAUAUCGGACGAGCAGAUGGCCACCCUGCGCGUGAUACUGCAGGAACACUGGGACGAGUUCCUGCACCAGCGUAUGCUGUACUCGGAACUCGCCGACGAGCUCAAGACGAUGAGUCCCGCCAUGAGUCGGACCAAGCGCCGCAUCUUGGCCCAGCACGUGCUCGAGGCCGUCGAGAUGCUCGAGCUGAAAGCGGACCGCAUCGAGAGGCUUGAGAAGGUGGUGGGUGAGAGGCGUGCAGAGAAGGAGGAGCCGGUCGAGAUGGAGGCGGAGGAGAUGCGCAAGCAGGCUGGGUCGCGACAAGCCAGUGGCAGUGGCAACAGGCUCAAGCACGCCCUCGAGUCGUUUGAAUCGUCGAGGCGUGCAGCAAGCCUCAAGUAG